AAAGCCCACUCUCCCUCCCUCUCCUUCACAACAAAAUCAUCCCAACUCUAACAUCUAAACCAAAAUCAGAUUUUCUCUCCUUCAAAUUUUCCGGUGAAAAUGUCAGGCCGCGGCAAGGGAGGCAAGGGUUUGGGCAAAGGAGGAGCCAAGCGUCACAGGAAGGUUCUGAGGGAUAACAUCCAGGGCAUCACCAAGCCCGCCAUUCGCCGUUUGGCUCGCAGAGGCGGCGUCAAGCGUAUCUCCGGUCUCAUCUACGAAGAGACCCGAGGUGUCCUCAAGAUCUUCCUCGAGAACGUCAUCCGUGACGCCGUUACCUACACCGAGCACGCCCGGAGGAAGACCGUCACCGCCAUGGAUGUCGUCUAUGCUCUCAAGAGGCAAGGAAGGACCCUCUACGGGUUUGGGGGUUAAUUUGGGGAUUUUACUUGGUGGGUUUAGUUUAGGACUGGUUCUAGGUAUUUUAUGUUUAGAUCUGGGUGGAAUGAGUAUUGGGUUGUUGAAUUUGCUGUUCAUGUAAUUUGCAACCGUAUUUUGAAGUAAUGGAAGUUUAAUUUCUGUAUAAAACUUGCGUUUGGCUAGUUAUUUUU